GGGCGGGCGGAGGCCAGGGGUGGAGCCGUCUGCGCGCCGUCUGCGCUCCGCCAGUCGUGGGCCCCGUCGCCGGGCCACCAGCCCCCGCGCAGAGGACGGAGCGGGACCCCGGGUCGGCCCCAGGGUCCCCCCGUGGGAUUGGGGUGAGCACGUCGGGGGACACCCAGCAUGCAGGAAGGCAGGUGCUGCGGAACAUGCCUCCAGCCUCCAGUGUUGCUGCCCGCGGCUGCACCCACCUGUGCCCAUGGCCCGCACGGGCCCGUCGCUCUCCGGCGCCUUCGACAUUCUAGGUGCCGCAGGCCAGGACAAGCUCUUGUACCUUAAGCACAAGCUGAAGACGGUCCACCAGGGCUGCCGAGGGGCAGACCUCCUGCACGCCAUGGUGCUUCUGAAGCUGGGCCAGGAGACGGAGGCCAGGAUCUCCCUGGAAGCUCUGAGGGCGGACGCAGUGGCCCGGCUCGUGGCCCGCCGCUGGGCCGGCGUGGACGGCGCCGAGGCCCCGGAGGAGCCCCCAGACUUGUCCUGGGCCAUUGCCCGGGUGUACCACCUGCUCGCCGAGGAGAAGCUGUGCCCGGCCCCUAUGCGGGACCUGGCCUACCAGACAGCCCUCCAGACGUUCAGCGCCAGGGACGACCACCGGCUGGCCGAGCUCCAGGGAGAGGCCCGGGACCGGUGCGGCUGGGGCGUCAUCCGGGCCCCCGGGAGCUUCCAGCCCCUUCGCUCCGAUCGGGGCUGCCUCCCGCCAUCCUCGGUGUCCCCCUCGGGCACCCGCAGCCUUCCCAAGCCCAUCGAGGGCCUUUCGGGCUGGAGCAGAGGGUGUUCUCUGAGAUCCACCAGCAGCCCCGCCUCCCUCGCCAGCAACCUGGAAAUUAGCCAGUCACCCACCAUGCCUCUUCUCAGCCAGCACCGCGGCUGUCGUGCGCCCAGCAAGCUGUGUGAGGAGCCCCGGGCAGGCCCCGGGCCCGAACCUGAACCUGCCCCCACAGGCUGCCAGGAGCCUGAGGAAGUGAGCUGGCCACCAUCCGAGGAGGCUGUCAACCCUUCACCUGGGGACACAGCCGGCCCGCCAUCGGGGGUGACUGCCGGGCCCCUGCUGGGGGAGACCGCUGGCCCCUCAUCGGAGGGCCCCUCUUUGGAGGACCCCUCAUCCGGAGAGACUGCCGGCCCCCAGAUGGCACCAGACAGCCCGGGCCCUAGACUUCCUGAGGUGGUCCCAGAUGCAAGCCCCACUGGCCAGCCCGACGCCCCCAAAGCUCUGGAAAGCGGCACCCGCCACCCGGUGGAGCGCAGCCACGUGCUGGCAGCCCCCACAUCUCUCCCCUUGCCCCCCAAAACCACUUGCCCUGACAAGGACCAGACCCCCCUCUCACUCCCUGUAGAAGAUACCGCCUCCCAGAGGGCCCCCCCUUCCCCCCCCACCCCCUCGGCCCCGAGGACCUCCGCGCCCUGCCCUUCUCCAUCCAUCCCACCUUCCACUUGCUCCACCGCCUGGAAUCCGUGCCCCCCGCCCCCCGAGUUGGAGCCAGAGCAGAAAUUCUACAACUUUGUGAUCCUGCACGCGGGGGCAGACGAGGACAUUGCCCUGCGGGUCCGAGAGAGGCUGGAGAGCCUGGGCGUCCCGGAUGGCGCCACCUUCUGCGAGGAUUUCCAGGUGCCCGGGCGCGGCCACCUGCGCUGCCUGCAGGACGCCCUCGACCACUCAGCCUUCACCCUCCUGCUGCUCACCCCCAACUUCGACUGCCAGCUGGGCCUGCACCAGGCGGGCCAGUCCCUGAUGAACAGCCUCACGCGGCACGAGUGCGGGGACUGCGUGAUCCCCUUCCUGCCCCUGGAGAGCUCGCUGGAGCAGCUCAGCCCGCACACCUGCAGCCUGCUCACCAGCCUGGUGUGGCUGGACGAGCGCUCCCAGAUCUUCGCCAGGAAGGUGGCCAACACCUUCAAGCCGCAGAGGCUGCGAGCCCGCAGGGCCCACUGGAGGAAGGAGCAGGACGUACGCGCCCUGCAGGAGCAGCGCCAGCAGCUGGAGGGCGAGCGGCAGCGCGUCUCGGCGCUGAGCGCCGCCUACUCGGCCUAUUUCCAGAGCCACUCGGCCUGGCAGGCGCAGAUGGAGACGCUCCGGGUGGCCUUCGGGAGCCACAUGCCCUUUGGGACUCCGGGGCCCCUGGGAGCGCCCCCGCCCUUUCCCUCCUGGCCGGGCCACCAGCCGCCGCCGCCCGCGCCCCCGUGGCUGGCCGGCGCCCCGGCACCCGCGCCCGCCUUCCCGCAGCCCCCGGCGCCCCCUCAGAGCCCGGGGCUGCAGCCCCUCAUCAUCCACCACGCGCAGAUGGUGCAGCUGGGCCUCAACAACCACAUGUGGAACCAGAGAGGGACCCAGGCGCCCGAGGACAAGACGCAAGGCGCGGAGUGACCGGUGACCCCCGGCCUUGGGGACGCCCGCACCGUGCCCGGGGCGGGAGGAGGAGCGCGACGUCGUCUGCAACCUUCAGGACAUCGCCGGGGAGACCUUCGUCUCUCAGGAAAUCGUGCAAAAUGGGCCCCGGCGACUUU